AAUAUUGACAAAAAAAUGACAAGCAUUCAAACGAAGAUGGCGGCUCUCACAUGUUGAUGACAAACAAUUUAUGGUUCUUCGUACUAAAACACAUCUUUUUACCAGGUCAACAUGAAACUCCUCAAACCAACGUGGGUAAAUCAUGAUGACAAACCCGUUUUUGGUAUUGACAUUCAUCCUGAUGGAUCACGAUUUGCCACGGGUGGACAAGGGGAAGAUUCUGGGCGAGUCAUCAUUUGGAACAUGGCCCCUGUCCGCAAGGAAGAAGAUGAAAAGAAUGAGAAUGUUCCUAAGAUUCUCUGUGAGAUGGACAACCAUCUGGCAUGUGUGAACUGUGUACGGUGGUCCAACAAUGGAUAUUACUUGGCGUCUGGUGCUGAUGAUAGGCUGGUCAUGGUGUGGCAGAUGAUCAGCUAUGGCGGCACAUCCAGAGCCUUUGGGUCAGGCAAGAGCAACAUUGAACAGUGGAAAUGCGCUCACACUCUAAGGUCACACACAGGAGACGUUCUGGAUCUUGCCUGGUCCCCUGACGAUGCUUGGCUGGCGUCCUGCAGCAUCGACAACAGCAUUGUCAUAUGGAACGCACUCAAGUUCCCAGAGAUCAUAUCAGUACUGAAUGGACACUCAGGGUUGGUCAAAGGAGUCACAUGGGACCCAGUUGGGAAGUACGUUGCCACACAGUCUGACGAUAAAAGUCUUCGAAUUUGGAGAACCAUGGACUGGAAAGAGGAAACGUCAAUCUUCAAGCCGUUUGAAGAGUGUGGUGGCACAACACAUGUCCUCAGGCUUAGCUGGUCCCCCGACGGCGCUUACGUUGUAUCUGCCCAUGCGAUGAAUAACAGGGGACCAACCGCACAAAUCAUCGAUCGUGAUGGCUGGAAAGCUAACAUGGAUUUCGUUGGGCACAGGAAAGCGGUCACGUGUGUCAGAUUUAAUUCCAACAUCUUUACGAGGCAAAUAAAAAGGGGAAAUCACACAAAGCAUCAGCCAUAUACGUGUUGUGCCAUCGGAAGCAGGGAUAGAACUGUAUCAAUAUGGUUAACGGCAUUGAAGCGCCCUCUAGUGGUGGUCCAUGACAUCUUCAACAACUCCAUAAUGGACCUUGCAUGGAGCUCAGCAGGAGAUGAGUUAAUGGCCUGCUCAGUAGAUGGCACCGUCUGUUACUUCCAGUUUAACUGUGAGGAAGUUGGCAAACAGCUCACCAACGACGAAAAGGUCAACCUCCAUGAGAAGGUCUAUGGUAAGAGCAUCUUGUCCUCUGGCUCAGCCAAUCUUGCCAACCGCAUCAUUGAGAAUCCAGAGAUGCUGAAACUACAACAGCAACAACGUGAACUGAGAGAGAAACAGGCGUCCAAGCUCAAGAUGAGGGCCACGCCCACUAAGCCUGUCGUCCAGACACCUCUCAUAGAGGGACAGCCAUUGGAUGUGAAGAGCCAACAGAUUGAGACGAGAACUCCUGAUGGUAGACGGAGGAUCACACCGCUGUAUAUCGCUCCUCAGCAGGCCAGCUUUGGCAUUGCCCCUAAGCCAUUCCCUAGCGCCAGUCAAAGCGUAUUCACCAGCCCUGCAUCAACCAAUCAGCAAGCUCAGCCAAGCAGUAAUGUAUUCACUGAAGGUCAGAGUAAGGUCACGGUCAAAACAGAGGUCGUGGACGGGGUCACCAGCAUCGACAACAGUACCGCGCCCAUUUCAGCCCUGGACAGUCGCUUCACCCAGAAACCAGCCAGCGAAACCAAGCAGCAGGAGAAGACCAAACCGCCCAGUGACAGCCAGCCUACAGGCCAGGUCAAGCUAGCCAGCGAUGUCAGCCAGAAACCAACCAGUGUGAUGGUAGAGAAGACAGUGCCAGGUGCUGAGGGUGGUGCUGCAGCCCAGCCGGUGGUGACUAACAUUGCAGCAAUGGCCUCAGCUGCUGCUGCUGCUGCAUGUGCUGAAGCUGCGUUAGCUGCUGCAUCGACAGACCCCACUGCCUCGGUUUCUACCCCUCCUCGUGGCAGCCUCUCUGUCACUCCCAAGAGGAAAGACAUAGCCUUGGAUAAACCAGUCAUGAAGAGAGCAAGAAGAGAGUACAGGACGCAGGGUAGAAUUGCUGCUGCAGCCGCAGUUGCUGCUGCUGCUGCUGCAGCGGCUGCGGCUAAUACAACACCAAGUACUACAACAGCAACAGCAGGCACUGCUGCUGUGAGUGAUGGCGUGAUCCGUGCACCUAAGCCACCCCUCAAGAUUCCCGUACCAUCAACUCCCAAGAAUUGCGAAUUCAUAAUACCUCAGCCGAGCGGCUCCAACGAACAGGAAGUUGUUGUAGAAUUGGAAAACAAUGUCACUGUCAGUGGAACCACUGUACAUAGACUCCGAGGCAGCAGGGACAAUGAGACUGUAUGGGAGUCCAUACUAACCAGUAGAGGAAUCCUCAUCACAGGAAACAGCUUGGUCGUGUGCGUGAGCUGCGAGAACCAAACGCUCAACAUGUUCACCUGCGGAGGUCGCAGGUUAAUUCCAGCCUGUAUGCUGCCCUCUAUAGUCAGUAUACUGCAAUGUAGUAGCCGAUACGCAAUGGCUAUAACAUCACUUGGAAUGCUGUAUGUUUGGGACUUGAAGAGACUGAAAGCCAUUAUCAGGAAAGAAUCAUUGCUGCCAAUCAUGAAAGGCGGUGAUGUGACCAUCACCAACUCACUGGUAACCGAGCAUGGGGUACCAGCCGUGUCACUGUCCAAUGGCAGGUCAUAUAGCUACAGCUCAUCCAUGUCAUGUUGGAUGUUACUAAGCCAGCAAGGAGACUGCUUAAGUCAGUGCUCGGACCAUCAUUCAUGUCAGCCAUCCCAGGAUGCAUUGCAGGGCUCUGGACCCCUGACCACACUCCAUGGCCAGUCAUUGAGGGCCGGCAGGCAAUCGCGAGGCAUGUUCCAUUCCAAUCACAGCUUGAAGCUAUCCUCAACUAUGAGCUACCUAGAGAAUCAACUUUCAGCAGCCCAAGCACUCAAAUCAGCUCAGGAAUAUCGCUUCUGGCUUCUGACCUACGUGAGAUAUCUAGUACAAGAAGAGCAAGAAGCGAGGUUGCGUGAUAUCUGCAGUGAGCUGCUUGGACCGUUCUAUCGGGAAGAUGUAAAAGAAUCGUUAUGGCAACCCAUGGAAACGGGUUUGUCUAAGCAUGAUCUUCUGGAAGAAAUCCUGCCCAUCAUUGGUUCCAAUCUCAAGAUGCAGAGAUUGUACACGGAGUACAAGGAAGAACUGAAAAUCCUCAAAGAGAAGACGUCUUGGCUUGAUUAAAAGAUUCAUCAUUGGUAAUGGAUGAAAGUAUGAGAUAUGUUCUUCCAAAAUCAGGCAGAACAGGGUGUAAGACAUAUAAGAAACAUUGCCAGAAAUGACCUGUAACCUAUGUUUUGGGUUUUCAUCAUUUUCAGAACAUAACCUCUGUCCAGAAACAUUGUGAGAAUAAAAUAUUGCAUUUCUGAAGAAAAAGCAAACUGUUAAAAAGAAAAAUGAGUCUUGAAGAUGUGAACUUAUUCAGAAUGUUUGAAAUGGAAAAAUAGAUCUAAAUUCACAACAAAAAUUGAAAUAAAAAGAACGAAAACAAAACAAUGGUAAGAUCUUGUGGGGAAGUCAAGAAAGUUAUGUCCAAUUUUCCCCUAGAAUUUUCCGAAAUGACAUGCUAUUUUUGCCCUCACCGCAUGUGUUGUAUGCAACAUGUUUCAACUGAAAUUAAAAUUUCAAAUCACCAAAAGACAAAAUGAAAAAAAAUUUAAACACAAGGCUGAGGACUUGGAUGAAAGAAACUCUUAGUUCCGGCAUCCUUUCAAUCUGGAAAUUGGCAGUCUAAGCAGCAGACUGAUUCCUCAUCAUCAUGUGCUCACUGCAAAUAAAACACAAUAACUGCAAAUCUGUGAAGUGAAAUCACGCUUUAUUCUUUGCUGCUCCUGCUUCUGUUUGUGUCUAUCUGAGUUCAGAUCACACCACAAAAUGUGGUAUGUGGUUAAUAGGCGAGCAACAUUCAACAAACUGAGGAAAAUGACGAGAGGCCAUUGUUGUGUGAUAUACCAACAGGUGUACAGACUUUCCAUCUGAUCAACUGUGUCUACUCCUUCCUUUGUAGAAUUGUAGUAGUGGACGAUUUCAGGCAUUCCAUUCUCUUUGUUCACUUUCUUGUUGUGGUGCAUAGAUGAGACAAGUACUACACUCAAGUGUUUCUUUGGAAUGAACAAAACCAGUGCCAAUGGUCCAUUGAAGAUGGAGAGGAUUUCAUGUCUCAGUUUUUCAUGUUUCAUGGCUUCAGUUCAUCUGGAACUUCCCUUCGAUUGCCUUUUAUUAUCCCCCAAAGGUCAAGUCCUUGGCCUACAAAUCUGUAACAAGAGCUGUACUGCUGGAAUGACUAAAACUAGCGUCAUUGGUCCAUUGAAGAUGAAGAUGGACAAUUUCACGCCUCGGUUUUUCACGUUUCAUGGCCUCAGUUCAUCUAGAACUUCCCUUUGGUUGCGUUUUAUUGUCCCAAAAGGGUCAAGUCCUUGGCCAACAUAUCUGUCGCGAGAGCUGCACUCGUGAAGAAAUUGUCAGUGGUGACUUUGGCCGGAUUUGUAGACAGGUUUUACAAGUUUGUUGAGGACAUUGGAACCAAGAUUUUUCUGCUGCCCCUCUUUCCCCUUGCCAAGAUAUGGCGACAUGUUUGUGACAGAGUGUGGUUUGCAUCUGCAGAUAGCCAACUUUUAGGCCAUAUUUGGUGGGGUCCUUUGGCACAUACUGUCAGAAUGGACAUUGUCCACAAAAUGCAACUAAGUAAUGUAUUUAUUUUUUCCUACCCAAGAAUCCCAACUUUAAACACUAUAAUUUCCGGAUAAAAAACAGUAUAUGAACCCAUCCAUGAAUAUUUCAAAUUCUUCCAUAAACUUGGUACAAUCAUGUGCAGUUUUGAUCGUUACAGAGAUUGUGAAAGAAGUGCUUCCAUUUUAGGAAAUCUGAAAUAAUAAAGAAUUGUCCUGCGUGGAUUCUUUGGAGGGUCCAUUUAUCCAAAUGACAAAAUUCAAUGAGUUAUCGAAUGGCUUGUUUGUGGUUUGUGUUUAAUAAAUGCUCAUGAGUCUGUGUUUACAGUCAAAAUAUUAUCAUUCAUUAUUGCUUUAUAGUCAGUUCAGAUAUAACCUCCCAUUUCUACCUAAGCGCAGUCUGUGAUGCAUACACAUCUAAUGAUCACAAAAUUAAAUUGUGCUUUACCUUCAUUGAUUAUUUCUUUUGCAAGUUUGCUUUACUGUUUUUGACCUAGUUACAGUUGUGCUUAUGGAACCAUCCUCGGGGGUUAUUUCUCCGUGAACAUUCAUCUGUAUUCACAUGUCUGAAUAUCUGUUCAAUAUUACAUCACUUUAUAGCACCACUCGGGUUCAUAGUCUUGACUCAAAUUCUCCUGACACAAGUUACAGACGCUUAGGCCUCGUCUCAAUAUCUUGUCCAGAGUGUGCCUCUAAUAGAGCACCACAGAGAUGCUGUAGUCACAGCGAUCAUGGGAAAACAGUUGACAAAAUGCGCUAAAUGGUAUUCCUUGUGAGCAAGAGCAUAGCAAUUUUUACAUUUUUGCAAGGAACAUGUGACUGAAAUUGACCUCUUUUUGGUGUACAUAACGAGUUUAUUUUUGAGACUUCCAACAGCAUAAUGUGUUUGAUAAACCGCAGAAUGCUAGGAUAGUAUAUGAACAAUGUUGACUGUAAUUUUGAAAAGUGAAAUCUCAGAAUCAAGUACUUGGUAGUGCACUCUAUUGUUAGUAACUCCUAUUACAACUUCAGGCCAUGCUCUUUCUGUUUCUCGUGGUGCCAAAUUAAUUCAACCCCAACAUAGUUUUUGGUCAAGAGGUGAUCUGUAGGAAAAUCAAAAUCCCCCCCCCCCCCCUAAAAAUUAGGUACUCGCUAUUUUGUUCAAUGCAAGAACAAUGUUAGCCUGACUUUGCCAAAACUGAUCACAAUUUAUCCUAACAAGGCUUGCAGAAAUUUGUCAAUAGGUUUUCUAUUUUGC